AUGGCCUGGCUGACCAGCGUGCUUCAGAGCGCCUCUUCCGUCACCAGCUCGGUCGUCGCGGGCACCAGUGGCGGACUGGCCGCGGGCGGGCGCUGCGACUGCCACUGCGAGUGGUCCGCGGCCCCAGACCAGGGCCUCCUCCAGCUGCUGCAGCGGCAGCUGGAUCGCUGCGGCCCCGAACACCUCCUCGGCCAGGUCUGCCCUGCUCUGCCGCCACCGCCAGUGGCCACCCUGGCGCUCGUCGGGGUCGGCCUCUUGUUCACGGGCGUGCUCUCCGGCGCGUGCCUGGUGAUCGGCUCACGGCAUGCAGGAUGGCUCCAGCGGGGGUCUCGAGUCCUGGUGCGGUACGAGGGGUACCCACUAUGGCACGAACGGCUGCUGGUCGCCCGCUUGGCGCCAUCACGGUGGGUGGUGGCGACGCCUAGCGGCGACAUCUACGAUGAGGACUUCAUGGAGAGCGAUGGGGUGCAGCGACUUGGGCCGCUUGGGGGCCUCGGCGCCGGCAUAGCGAACGUGGAGGUGUUCAGGUUCGUCAACCUCACGGCCCAGGAGAAGCGAGAGCUGCUGGAGGGCGGCGAGGACUACGUCCGGGACAACGAGGGCGACCUCGACAUCGAUGCCGAGUCGCGCCAGGUCCUCGUGGCGCAACACGCGCUUCCUCCUCGCGGCGGUGCUGGCCCUGGUGCUGCUCCUGCCCCCGGCGAGGCGGGCGUGCCCGCAGCGGCCCUCCCAGGGGCCGCCGCCGGCGUGGCCUUGGUGGCCGCCGAGUCCCGCCACGGCUUCACCCUCGGCGACGCGGUCGACAUCUCCCCAGGCCAGCUGCUCGCCUCCGGCGACCGCGGCGUGUUCACGGUGCCCAGUGCUGGGCCCCUCUGCGUGGCCGUGGCUGGGUCACUCUCUCCAGGUGCUGGCGAGGGGGACUUGCGCACCCUCCCCGUGCGCUUCGACAGGAGCAACCGCCGCUUCAGGGAGUAUGGCGACGCGGUGGUCUGCCUCUCGGAGACGGCGCAGGCUGGCUGGUCUGUGGCCGGGCCCCGCACUUGCAAGUGGUUCCUUCAGGCGAUCCGCGACGCGGGCUGGGCGCCCACGCGGCGCCACUUCUGGUGGCGCAACCUGCUGCAGGUCUCGCCGAGCGACGUCGGUGUGGAGGAGCACGCCUACAUCUCAAAGGUGCUGGAGAGGGCCUGCGUCUUCGACCUGCUCGACUGCUCCGAACUGGAGACGUUCGAGGUCCUGUCGAGGCGCUACCAGCUCUGGGAGGAGCUAUGCGCACCCGCGCUCCGGGCGGCCGAAGCGGGCGAGGGGGCGGCGCUGGUCUGCCCGGCGCUCGAGGAGCACGUUGCGGGCAAGCUCGCCCAGGAGAGCGCCAUCCUCGAGGUGGUUGGCUCGGGCAUGGCGUUUGGUCCUCAGCCACUUGACGACCGCCCUCGCGAUCUGCUGCCUUUCCCGGGCGGGCGGGCCCUCGACGAGCUGCUCCUCGGCGCGACGGGCGGCGGGCUCUCCGAAGCGGGCAAGCGGAAAGCCAGGCGGCGCCAGGGCGAGGAGGUGUGGUUCCGUGCAGGCCUUGGCGCGCUGAGCGAGCUGAGAGGUGGCGGCGGGGCGUCCAGCGAUGCCCAGGUGACCGCCGCCCAGGCUUCGGCGGUGCGCUCUCUGGCCAAGCUCCACGGUGGGCGCGGUCCUCCACCGGCUGACGUUGACCCCCUGGGAGCAUGGAAGGUGCUCCAGGGUAGCGGUGGCGGCUGCAUCGACUCGGGUGUGGCUAACCUGCCAGCCUGGCAGGCGCAGGCGGCGCUGCACGAGCUCGGGCCCGCCGCGGCCUUGGGCCCCGUGCUGAGGCUGAGGGGCUUCAUGUACGGGCGCUUCCUGGCGGAGCUCCCGGGCAAGGGCAUCCUGGAGAAGGCCGCCGUCGUCAGGGAGACCGCGGGGGCCUUCUUCGUCAAGCGCAAGGAUGGCUUGCUGAGGCUGAUCUUCGACACUACCAGCGGUGAGUCGCUGGCGGACCUCGAGAGCGAGCCUGGAUCGCGACUCUGGGUGGCCUCGGCCGAGAUCGAGGUCUGCUUCUACCAGUGCGAGCUGCCCAGCAGCCUGCGGCCGCUGUUCGCGCCCCCGCCGAUUUUGGCGCGCUACCUGCCUGCCAGGUGGCGCAAGAGGCUGGAGCUCGCGGAGGGCGACGUCGAGUGCGCCUUCCAGGCGCGCGUCGUGCCGAUGGGCUGGGCGCGGGCGGUGCACUUUUUUCAGUGGGCUCAUGAGCACCUGCUUGCCUCGUGCGUACCUUCGGCCCCCUGGCUGAGGGGCGAGGUGUCAGUGGCGCCCGCGUGCGAGGGCCCUCCCAAGCUCUGCUACGUCGACAACCUGGCCGUGGUCUCCGACGACGAGUGCGAGACUGUGAACGGGGUCGCCCACGUGCUGACGACGCUCGACGGCGUGGGCGUGAAGGCUCACCUGGGCAUGCCCGACCCGGGUUCGGGAUCGCUGGAGUUGCUGGGCUUCGAGUGCGUGGCCCUCGAGUGCGUCUUUCGAGCAGGGGCUACCCCCUCGGGCCUGGAGCUGGAGCGCCUCAUCGGGCACCUGGUCUCCAUGGUGAUGCUGCGCCGCGACCUGCUCUCCGCCUUCUCCGCUGUCUACCAGUUCAGCCGGAAACUGAGGCGCCGCAGGGCGCCCCUCUGGCCCGGCGUGCGCCGUGAGCUCCGCUGGGCGCAUGCCCUGCUGCCCGCCAUCGUGACCCGCUCCGACCUGCACUGGCUGCCCGUGGUCACCUCCUACGAUGCCUCCGAAUGGGGGCUUGGCGCCGCCGAGAGCCUGUGGGGCAGAGCUGACGUGGGCCGCGUGGGGCGGCUGCGCGAGCGCGCUCGGCUCCGCGGCCUGCUCGCAGCCGCCGGGGGCAGCCGCCGUGAGCACGCGCUGGAUGAUGAGGAGGAGCUUCUGCUGAGGCUGCCCGACGCUGCGGCCCUUCUCCUCGGGGGGCAUGCCCGCUUCCGGGAGGUGCCUCGCGAGCUGCUGCUAGGCGAGGGCUUCGGAUGCCGGGCGCGCGGCCCGCGCCCGCGGGCGGCCGUGGAGGCCCGCCGCUUCGCCGCCGCGCUGGCGGGCUGGGCCCCAGCAGAGGCCCCGCCGCGUGCGGCCCACAGGCAGCGGAGUCGCUCGCCAGAGGCGCGGCUUCAGAGGGCCCUCAACUCCGAGGGGGCCGCCGGGCUGGACCGCGCAGAGGGCGAUGGGCUGGGCGCCCGCUCUCGCCUGUCACCGCGGCCCGGGCGGCCGACGCGCGGCCUUGGGGCGCAGCGCCCUCCGCGCUCGCCGCCCGCGCCCUCGCCCGGGCUGGCCGCCGAGGUGGACAUCGAGCGGCUGGCGCCGCGGCUGUCCAGGCAGGCGCAGAACAGCGUGCGGCUCCCCGCGCAGGAGCAGCCCACGCAGGCGCUGAUGGAGCUCGCCGGCUGGCUUGCAGUCAUGCCGCUGCCCGAGUGGACGGCCAUCGCGUGGGGCGAGCACCUGAGCGACUUCCUGUCGGUGCUCUUCAACCGCGGCGGCGGUCCCCACGUUGGGGAGCUCAUCGUGUCCGCGCAGCUGUGGGCACUGCCGCCCCUCGGGCUGACCAUGCGGUCCGCGUUCCCGCUGACCCACCAGGCAGCCGCCGGGUGGGCCCGCUUGCGGCCGCCCCAGUCGCGGCCACCGAUCCCGUGGCCGGUGGCAGCAGGGAUCGCCGAGUGGCUCUUCGCCUCCUCCAGCAAGCCGCUGAUGGGCCUCCUCACCGUCCUGCUGUUCGUCGCCUACUGCCAGCCGGGGGAGGGGCUCGCGCUGCUCGGGAAGCAGGUCAUCAGGCCGAUCGCCAGGAUACCCGGCGUCCUGAGCCAGGUCACCACCCUCCUCCACCCAGAGGACUUCGGGGCGCCCUCCAAGACAGGCCUCGUGGACUCCUCCGUGGCCCUGGACCUUCCCGAGCACCAGUGUGUCGGCCGCGCUCUCCUCGAGCUGAAGGAUCGUCGAUCCCCGCUGCAGCGCCUGUUCCCGAUCUCGUACGGCGAACUAUCGGCGGAGAUGAAGAGGGCCGCGGUGGCCGUGGGCUGCGAGGUACUGCGUCCAACGCGCCAAGGCGCGCUUGCCAAGCGCCUGCGGAGCGAGCUUCGGGCGGCCUUGAGAAAGGCCCGCCCUCGAGAGGGCAAGGUCUUCCUGGAGGUGUUCGCCGACGCGGGGCACCUCAGCCAGGCCCUCCGCAGGCGUGGCGCCGCAGUCAGGAGCAUCGAUGUGCGGCGCGGGCCGCGUCGCGACCUCAGGGUGCAGGAGGUCUUCAACGUCGUCGAGGGCUGCGGCUUCUCCCGCGCCGGGCGGGCGCCGGCGGGCUUGCGGAUGCCGGCGGCCUUGCGGUCGCCGCAGCAGCCCCGCGGCCUCGCGGGGCUCCCGCCGCGGGGCGCCGCCAAGCUCGCCGAGGGCAACGCUCUGGCCGACCGCGCUGGGCAGCUGGCCCGCCUGACGCUGGGGCGCAAGAUCCCCGGCGGCGAGGGGGGCCUGCCCAGUCCUACCUCUGGGCGCCAAGUGCUCGGGUCGUGGUACUUGCAGUUUUUUCCGGCCAGCCUCGCGCCGAGCUCAUGA